AUGUCCCAAGAAAGUAGUGUUUUAUCAGAAUCGCAAGAACAACUAGCCAAUAACCCUAAAAUAGAGGAUACAAGCCCUCCCUCUGCCAAUUCGAGAGAUAAUAGCAAACCUGUACUUCCGUGGGAUUACAAGAAUAAAGCCAUAGAGAUCAAGAGCUUCAGUGGUUAUAAGGUAAAUUUCACCGGCUGGAUAAGAAGAGACGUAAGAGAAGAACGUCAAAGGGGAAGCGAGUUUACUGCAUCUGACGUUAAAGGAUCAGAUGACAAAGCUACAAGGAAAAAAGAACCAGCAGAUGAGGAUCCUGAAGUAAAACAACUUGAAAAAGAAGGAGAGGAUGGACUGGACUCAUAA